UGGGAAUAAUGUCAUAAUAUGAAAAUUGCUGAAAGUUAUUUCAGAAGAAAGGUGAAAUAUUUUGAAAUAAUAACAUUAAAAAAACAGCAAAAAUGGGAAAAAAAGAGCAAAGAGCGAUUUUGAUAGUAAUAGUAGGCUGUUUCACCUAUGUGACGAAGCUGAGAUGCAGUUUUUUUCUUGAAAUAUACAGUAUAUAACUUCUUAGCAUAUCCACAUGUGUUGCUUUACAAAAUUACUAAGUGGCCCUUGCAUCCUUUCAUUUUCACUAUGUGGCCCUCACUGGAAAAACGUAUGGACACCCCUGGCCUAAAUCUAUAUAAAAACAUUAAACAAUAUAUUUUUAAAAUCUAGCUAUUUUAUGCAAAAAAAAAACUAUAAAUUUGAGUGGCUCAGAAAAACAACUGAUAGUCUCAACCAGAACCAGAAUAUGCACUUGUUCCACUACAGCUACAUUCGGGGCGUGUGUGACACAGAUCAACCACACACCCUGGCCGGGGCUGGAACCAGCAUCCACAGACUGCCUGCUCAAUGAAGUUAAAAAGCUCCGCCUUUCAGCUCGUCUGGCUAACACUGCUUAACUCCCAAUCAGUCACGAUGUGUUGCACUGAGUGAGUCGAGAGCGCUAGCCAUCGAGCUAAAAUUCCGAGCCAUCCGGCACAACUCUUAAGACUCAAGUGGUUGCAAUUCAAAGAUUAAAAAGGAGAGACGAAGAAGUGGGUCGAUAUUGCUGUCGUCAUUUCCAGUAAGUGCACAACAGCAGUAAUGGAUUUGGGACGGGACACCCAGGAAUUACACUAAGUACACAGUGUACACAGUAUACUUUAUUGAAGUGAAGUAUUCCAUUUGAGACACCAUAUUUAUCAGUCUUUGUAUAUCCAUGACAAUUUCUUUCAUGUUUCUUUCCUAUAGUUAGUGCACUUCUGCUCUUUGUGGGUAAGUAUCUUCCACAAAUUCUUUAUUUGCCCCUCAAUCCCUCUUGAAGCAAAACCCAUAUAAGUUGUGUCGUAAUGUUUACGCAGCUCUACAAAACACUUAAAUGGUACACUGAAAGGCUCUGUCUAUCCCAGACUACCGUUUAACCGUUCCGUCUGCCUCCCGUCUGACUGCAUCAGACGGCAGCAUAUUCUAAUAUUUUGGUCAUGGACGGUAGAGAGAACAGCAGGAGUAAUGUCCAAAUAUGCCUAUGUAAUGUCUGGCUAAGUAUGAGUAACUAACCAAAUAGCUGAAAAACGUCUGAAUUAUGUCUAUCAACUUCCAAAGGCCAAGCUCCACCCAUCACCUCAUCACAACAGUCAUAGCUCCCAGACCAGGGGUGUCCUUAGUGCGGCCCGGGGGGCAUUUACGGCCUGUGGCACGGUCUAAAAAUGUAACAAGAAAACUAAAAAAAAAAAAAAAAAAGACAAAAUGUUGCAUAUGAUGAGUUCCGUGGCUAAAGGAGGACGAGCUGGCCGCCUGCCCAAGAGCCAUAAAAGCCUAAGAAGCGGUAAGAUUCCUCCCCGGUAAUGCUGAAAAUGGCAAAAAAAAACCGCCAGAGAAUAGUCGAUCACUAUCCAAAGCUGGCCGUGGGAAAUUCUGAUGCCAUGUCCGAAGUUUGGAAUGUCUGUAAACCAGCUGGAAAACCAAGAAAGUCCAAAAACCAUAGGCCUUUGUUUUUCAGAGGGAAUCGUUAAACGGCGCAGUGGGACAGAGCCUUAAGGAUUUCAUCCUGCACACAAACUUUGCUACUAAUCAGAUUAACAAGAAGAACAUAGCGGUGUUUCUACGAAGUUCAGUGACUGGAGGAUGUGCAACAAGCUACUGUAGAACUCAGUGGACUUUCCAAAUUUAAAGGCUCCCCUGGAGAAAGACAGUUUCUAGGUCUGCGGGGCAGUUGAUGGUGAAGACAGUGUGGGAUGCGUUUUGUCGCUCCACCAGUUUGGCUACAGCCUCACCCAAGUCCAUGUGGUUCAAGUACCCAGGGGCCAAUCGCUCUGGAGUAGCUACACCUGUGUUGAUAAUCACCUGCCAGGACCAUGACGGACAAGGCUGAUAGGCCGAGAUGAGCAUCUUUCAAGAAAGAGCAAAACAUUUGGUGGCCGCUUAUGGUCACGUGUUGGAGCAGCAGAUCGUGAAGCGAGGCUCCUACCUGGCGUGUGGAAAUGAAGAGCUGUGGAAGCAGGCGGAGGAGUUACUCAGGGAGGAGAAUGCUCAACAAGCACACUGCUUGGGCCUGGAGACUCUCAAGGUGAUGGAAGAGUCGCUCAGAAUGGAAGCCGCAUCAACAAAAACACAGAGAGCAAGUAGCGGCAAACACGUGAAAGCAAGAGGAGGCUUGCAAGGUCUAGGGAAAGCAUUUGAGGUUCUGGAACAAGCUGCUCUCAACCUGUACCUUGGACCCUGGAGGGAGGAGUACAAAGAAGUCAAGAUGUACUCCGGCAUGUUCACGCACUACAUCAAACCCGUGCUGUCCGCCACCCAGAUUGAGAAGCUUUUUGGUUUGCUGGGAUACCAGUACUCCACGCGGCGGGAGCAGCUUCAGCUCCAGUCCCUCAGAGUCGGCCCAAACGUGUUGGAGGAUCUCCUCCGCCUGUCCUGCGCCUUCUUCCUGGCACGCUGCGAGUGCCGACUUCUCCUGGCAGCCCUGGAGAAGGGCGGCGGUGAUGCCCAGUGGGAGCUGUGUGUGGUCAGGGAGAGACAGCGCGGACAUAGCCUCAAGGUGGCGCUGGACAACACGAAGAGGACGAUGGGAGUCAAACAGCCGCUGAUGGAGUCUGAUGGGGAAUCAGAUGUGGAUCUGUACACAGACAAGCAGGUUAACGGGGGACAGAGGGUGACGGUCGUUCAUGACGACGACAGCCCCCACAUGCCGGCGCGGGCUGUCCGCAACAACGGUCCCCUGUCCUUCCCAUCCUCCAGAGAACACAUUUGCAUCUCCACACUCAACUGCCAGCUCGCUAGCGCGUCCGAGUCGGAACCGUUCGGACGCUCCUCAUCCAGUGUGGGCCGGCACAUCGAGGAGUCUGUUGAUGCGGACCUCCAACCUCGCAGUCUGCAAGCUGAUAGGAUAGAGGCGGAAAGCAGCAGAGUUUGCAGUUGCCUCCGCUCCCCUCGCCUCCACCUGAACCAGUGCGUCGACUGCGACGCUUUCCACGACACCUCCUGCGCCACGCUUCUGCGGUGCUCCCGCGAAGGCCACCAAGUGCGGCUCCCGGUCAAGAUGAAAGAAGUGGCGGCGGCGUCCAACGUAUCGCCGACCCUCAGCAGCAGCACGGCGAUGUCGGCUUUGUCUCUGUACGAUAAGCCCAAGUCACUGAGCCUCAUUCACCAACCAAUCAGCUACCACGACUGCUGCGACCUCACCCGCCCCGACCCCCAGCUGGCGUGUCUCAACUGCCGAGUUUUCCACGCUGCGUCCUGCGACGGCAUCAGCUUGUGCCAAAUCCAGCACAAGCUCAAAGAACUGGCUCGCUGCGGCUGUGGGCGGCCGUGCACCAGAAAGCCCAUGGUCCUGUGCAGAUAUUGUGCCAAUGAGUAUUGUAAAGACUGUUGGUACCGAAGCCCCUUCACGUGCGCCUGUGGCCAAACACUCGACCAGGUGUCUUCCGUCUGAUUUCUUUGCACUCCUUCCUGAUAGUGCCUUAAACGUGGAAAGAACACAGCAUUGAAUCAGAGGUUCAAACAUUGCCUUAUAGCAGGGGUGUCCAAAGUGUGGCCAGGGAUCCAUUUGCGAUCUGUGGCUGUGUUCUGCAGGACAUUCUAAAAUAGAACUUACCAAGAAAACUAAAAAAAAAACAAUAACAGCAAAAAUUGGUUCAUUUUACAAGAAUAAAGUAAACCGUUGUAAUCUAUCUAGAAAAAGUUGAAGUUUUACGAGAAUAACGUAAUAUUUUUUAGGAGGAAUAAUGUCAUUUUCGUAGCAUAAAGUUGAAAUAUUUUUUAAAAAGCUGUUCAUUUUUUUAAGUCAAAAUAUUAUUAAAAGCAAACAAAACAACAAAUAAAGUUGUAUUUUUUGGAAACUGAUGUUGCGGGAAAAGUAAUGUUACCAGCAUAAAGUCAAAAUCUAAAUGUUACAAAAAAAUAUGUGGUAAUAUUAUGACGUACAAAAUAAAGCUGUCAUUUUUGGAAAAUGAGGUUGGGGGGGGAGCAUAUUAUAUAGAUGAUUUAAGAAGAAUUUCUGAAAUAUUUGAAAAAAAUGAGAUGCAGUUUUCUUGAAAUGUAUGUAUCUUCUUUGCAUAUCUUCGUGUUGCUUACAAUGUGGCCCUUGCUGGAAAAGGUUUGGACACCCCUGCCUUCCAGCUUCAUAAACAAAUGGUAUGUUUAAGUGCACUCCCUUUUUCUAUGUAGCUACUGCUCAGAGCAUUUGUUAGCCAAUGGCCAGAGUUGCUUUCUUUUUUUUUUUUAAUUACUCCAUUGUUGGGAUUUCAAAGCACACGUGUUGUUUCUGUUGUCAGCAGGCGGAUUGAUUAUACGAAAUGCAUACUUUGAAAGGAUGUAGUUUUGAAUGAAAUGAUUGUGUUUAAUAAAAUCAGAUGUCUAUCUGAAAUGAA